UGGGACGCACGUGCUUCGCAUGUGAUUGUUUAGAGGUUCCGUUCACCUCCUCAAGUCUGUCCUUAUCUCUUUAACCGCCUCAUUAAUCACCUUUCUCAUCGCCGCUCCGCAUUCCGCCAUUCCUUUUCUCAUCGCCGCUUCGCAUCCGGUGGGACUUACUCGUUCUCCUGUCGGAAUAAGCCUUCCCCGUUCCUCCCUCCUCCUGCUCACCAUCUCGCAGUUCAGUCUGUAGAUGGCGGCUACGUACAAACCCAAAAACAUACUCAUAACCGGAGCGGCAGGCUUCAUUGCGUCCCAUGUCGCCAACCGCCUCGUUUGUAACUACCCCCAGUACAAGAUCGUGGUUCUCGACAAGCUUGAUUACUGCUCCAACCUCAAUAACCUCAACCCAUCACGCCCCUCUCCCAACUUCAAGUUUGUCGAGGAUGAUAUUAGGAGCGCUGACCUCAUCAACGACCUCCUGAUCACCGAAUCGAUUGAUACCAUCAUGCAUUUUGCAGCCCAGACCCAUGUUGAUAAUUCUUUUGGUAACUCCUUUGAGUUCACCAAGAACAACAUCUACGGCACCCACGUUCUCCUGGAUGCCUGCAACGUCACUGGUCGGGUUAGGAGGUUUAUCUAUGUUAGCACUGAUGAGGUCUAUGGAGAGACAGAUGAGGAUGCCACGGUUGGCAAACACGAGGGGUCUCAACUUCUGCCAACCAACCCAUACUCGGCAACAAAAGCCGGGGCUGAGAUGCUUGUUAUGGCUUAUGGAAAGUCAUACGGCUUGCCUGUGAUCACUACCCGAGGAAACAAUGUGUAUGGGCCAUUUCAAUUUCCGGAGAAGCUGAUCCCAAAAUUUAUUCUUUUGGCCAUGAGAGGGCAGCCACUUCCGAUUUACGGUGAUGGCUCCAAUGCUAGAAGCUUUUUGUACUGUGAGGAUGUUGCAGAGGCUUUUGAUGUCAUCCUCCACAAAGGAGAAGUUGGGCAUGUUUAUAAUAUCGGCACAAAGAUAGAAAGGAGAGUGAUUGAUGUGGCGAAGGACAUCUGUGCACUUUUUUCACUAGACCCAGAUAAGGUCAUUCAGUUUGUGGAAAAUCGGCCUUUCAAUGACCAGAGGUACUUUUUGGAUUAUCAGAAGCUGAAGAACCUGGGAUGGUCGGAGCGGACUGCAUGGGAUGAUGGACUCAAGAAGACGAUGGAGUGGUAUAUGAGCCAUCCAGAUUGGUGGGGAGAUGUUUCAGGAGCACUUUUGGCUCAUCCACAGAUGUUGAUGAUGCCUGGUAUUGAAAGGCAUAUUGAUGGUUCUGAAGAAACCAAGUCCAUGGCUUCUCAGUCGAUGACCUCUAAUAUUCAGAAUGGGAUGGUGCAUCCUGCCUCAAAAAGCAGUGUGAUGCCACCUAAGAAAUCAUAUUUGAAGUUCUUGAUCUAUGGUAGAACUGGAUGGAUAGGGUGCCUUCUUGGCAAGGUAUGCGAGAAGCAGGGCAUACCAUAUGAGUAUGGAAGGGGGCGUUUGGAAGAGCGUUCCCAUAUCAUACUGGACAUUCAGAACGUGAAGCCAACUCAUGUUUUCAAUGCUGCUGGUGUGACUGGUAGACCUAAUGUUGACUGGUGCGAAUCUCAUAAGCAGGAGACAAUUCGGUCGAUUGUCGUGGGAACUCUGACUUUAGCGGAUGUUUGUAGGGAGCAUGACCUGUUACUGAUGAAUUAUGCUACCGGUUGUAUUUUCGAGCAUGAUGCUAAACAUCCUGAAGGGUCGGGCACUGGAUUCACGGUGGAAGACAAUCCAAACUUUAUUGGAUCCUUCUAUUCGAAAACUAAAGCAAUGGUUGAAGAGCUUUUGAGGGAAUAUGAUAAUGUCUGUACCCUUAGAGUUCAAGUGCCAAUAUCUUCUGAUCGUAGCAAUCCAUGUAAAUUCAUUACUAAAAUUACUUGUUAUGACAAAGUUGUGAACAUUCCAAAUAGCAUGAUGGUUUUAGAUGAACUUGUCCCCAUUUCAAUUGAGAUGGCAAAGAGAAAUUGCAGAGGCGUAUGGAACUUUACCAAUCCUGGUGUGGUGAGCCACAAUGAGAUGGAUUCGAAGCUGCUAAAGUCAUAGUAGCACCUCGAAGCAAUAACGAGAUGGAUACUACAAAAUUGAAGAGUGAGUCUCCCGAGUUGUUGUCCAUCAAAGAUUCUCUCAUCAAAUGUGUUUUUGAGCCAACCAUCCAGGUCCUUUCUCACUGAUAAGCUUCCUCAAUGUCACAGUACGACUUUCAUCAAUACAAACUUGAUUAAUGACAUCAUUAAUGUCAUCCAACACAUGGCAGUAUGACUAUCAUCAUACAAACUCUGCAUCAGGAAUACUUAUCUAAGCAGGAGGAAAAACUUGAUUAAUUUUAUUAGGUAGUCUGUUUUGUUGUUCUUGUUUAGUUUCUUUACAAGAGACUAUUAUUAUUUGUCCUCUAAAUUUGGACUGUCCAAUUUACUAGCUACAUUCUUUUUGAUGCAUCCAUUUGUUUUUACAUUCUACAUUCUAUUUGUCAUUUUCUUCCUCUACUUUCAGAAUAUUUCUAUGGAAUCUAUAAUUAUCUUUUGAUCUCGUGCACUUUGGAGUUCGAAAUGUAGUUUGAUUUUUUAUUUAUUUAUAAUCGUGUGUGAUCUGCUAGUUGUGCACAUUUUGUUUAGUAUUUUGAAUUAUUGUUUAUUAGUUGAUUCUGGUGAACAUGGAACAAAGUACAGAGGAUAACUAUGACAUGGAUGGUGGGGGGGAGGAUGAGGGGUGAUUAAAAUACUUGUUCGGGUGGGUACUUAGUUGCCUUUCAUUAACAGGAAAUCAGUUUUGACAAGAGGUGGAUGUUAUUGUUGAGAUUGAUCAAAGGAUGUUAUUUGGAAGAAUGUUUAAAUAAUAUCAUUGCUCAGUGAAAACGUUUUUGAGUUUCCUAGUCGAUUUGUUGAAAAAGUAUUUUUCAGGUUUUCUUUAAUGAGUCAACAUGAGAAAUGCUUGAUUCACCUAUGUUCAUACUUUUUCAAUUUCUUGUACUUUGGAUGCUCUGGUGAUAUUUCUUCCUGUUCUGUAAGCGAAUUCAUGUUGGCUUAUUGUAUUGAAUAUCUUAUUACCAUGGUGACAAGCUUGCUGAUUGAGGUUAUGGAUGUUGUUGUUUCACCCGGUGGUUGAUUUCUCAGUUGAAGAACUUCGUUGAUACUAUAACUCUAGUGUUUUCAGUCAACUGAUCUUUACUUUUGUUGUGCGAUGUUGUUUGUCCAAGAUGAUUUCUACAGCUUAAGUGCUAAAAUCUCUACUUAUGUUGUGUGCUGAUCUUUGUCCCAGAUAAUUUCUUCAGCUCAAGUAAAUUAUGUAUGAUUGACGAAUGAUAGCUGAAUUUUUGUUUCCUG